AUGGAUACUGGAUUCCACAUCCCGGUCCCAUACGAGAGCCUAGAUGCCCAGCACUUAACAUUUGGGUAUAUGAGAAUGGGGGACGCUUUGACACCCAUUUUCCCUGUCGGAUUUCGCAGCGUUCUUGUCCCGGCGUGGUUGGAUCGGUUCACACAGACAGGGCAACUGUGCCAGCCAUCUCCGCAGUUGAGCGUUACUGAUACAGAUGCGGCGGGAAGUCUGACGGCUGACGCGUACGAUGAUGCGCCUGUCUACCAAUACUCUCCUCUAGAAACUCCAACUUCUAUCCGGAUGUUCCGUCUAAUAGGAUGCGAUGCAAAGACUAGGUCUCUAGUAGGAACCUUCAUGCGCGUCGACCUCGCCGCUGCAGAGAUACCACCCUACGAGGCACUCUCGUACACUUGGGGAGCCGCAGUUGAUGGGGAAGAAGAGGACACGGACGAAAAGCCUUGGCAGGUCCUGAUUUGCGAUUCCGCAUUCAAUCUCACUGCUGAAGGCCUUGAGCAAGUUUUGCUCGUCAGCUCAUUGCCAAUCGGUAGCAAUGCAGCAUCAUACCUCAGAGCUGUGGUCGCCAGACACGAGAUGCGGGGAGCGACCCUAAACCAUGAAGUUUGGAUCGAUGCCCUUUGCAUAGACCAAGCCAACGCCGAGGAGAAAAAAAUACAGAUACCACUCAUGGGACAGCUUUACUUCAAGGCAAAUAUGGUUGUCGCAUGGCUGGGGCAGAGCACAAGCCACUGGAACGAGUUCAGCUGGCUGCACCACGUAAUGCUGCCAGCUCUGUGGGAUGCUAUUGAGUCAGGCAUUGUGGCACUCAGAGCAGAUACUGACCCGACCGAUCCCGAGUUUUGGGCAACACGCUUGCCAUCUCUCACACCGCCUGGAGGGAGCUGGUCUGCUAUUUGGGAGUCUUAUUGGCGGUUUCUGGACGAGAGGAGAUGGUUUCGACGUGCCUGGACAUACCAGGAAACCAUCCUAGCAAAGAAGCUCAUCCUCGUCUGUGGAAUUGAGUUCAAUAACAUCGCACUCGAGCAUAUAGGCGGUAUGUGCAACACAAUGCACCAUACUGGCUGGCGCAGCAUUCUGACAGUUCGAUAUUCUGGCUGGUCAGAAGACAACCCGUGCAAGUUCCUCAUGGGCCUUGUUAGAACCCGCGAUAAUAUACUACAAGCCGUCGCACCGUCCUCCUCUGAGUCUAAGAGCGAAAGUAGUACAGAAGUCUCCGGACUGCCACACGCUGCUUGGCUGUCCCUUUGGACUGAAGUAUGUGUCGAACUCCGUUCGCGUCAAUGUGGCUUUCAAGAAGACAAGAUCAACGCGACUCUUGGCAUUGCAAGUCUACUGCGACCGCCCCAAAUCCCUGAUUCGCUCUUUCUAGAGCCAAGCGGCUUGGAUGCUAGCAAGGCAUAUAGGUGGAUGUCAUAUCAAUUAAUCUGCCAAGCUGGCAGUCCUCGCUUCAUGUCCUUUGCUGGGCCACCGUCGUCGAAGAAGGUGAAUGAUCUGCCCUCGUGGGCUGCCGACUUUUCCUCAGUGCUGCGCAGUACUACGGUAUGUCAAACAUAUGGCGACAGUCCAUUCGGCCACCGGAUUUUCAAUGCCGGCCAGGCCCUUGCACCUGAUGCCAAGAACGAGUUGGUAAUUGAUGGCAACAAACUUGUCGUUGACGGCGCAAGAGUCACCCAUUUUCGUCCUCGUUGUGUCUGCGGUUUAAACAGCCUGCACGAGACAUACUUGGAGAUGGUUCUCAGAAUGCCUAGUCGUUACGCGCAAACAUCUCAAUCAAGCCUAGAAGCGAUUCGAGAAACACUGGUCUGGGAUCACAGCACCGACGUGGCCCCCAUUGACGAAGCCUGGGGUCAAGAAUUUGCGAGUUGGCUGGAGGCACGAUUUUCCCUGGGUUGCUUACUGCCAAGCCAACCUGACCAUCCGAGGAAAAAUACAUUCCUACCUAGAACGCAAGAGGAGUGGUGGACUGAUAGUCAGCAUCUGAUCUGCAGAGCGCGUGAGGCAGGCAGCUGGGAUGCAGGAAAUCCGGCACCGUCUCUCGAGGCUAUUCAGGCCACAAUUGAUGAGAUUCAAAACCAUCCAGCUUGGCAUGCCUUUAGUUCUGAGCAACAUUCGCUCAAAGACGAUACAUCAUGGCUUAACUUCUUUGACCGCGUUUGUGCCGCUAUUCCUAGAUUUAAAGCGACAUAUCACCUGGCCUCGUGGAGUGACCUAGCGCAGCGUUUCCGAACAACAUUUCACAACCGCCUAGCUUUUCUGACGGAAAGUGGAUAUCUGGGCUUGUGUUCUAUCGACGUACUGGAUACCAUGCUGGCGAGCCCGGAUACUGAUGCCGAAAUCUGGAUCCUGCACCGUGGACCUGUUCCGUACGUGUUGAUGCCAGAGCCAAAUACAACAAACACAUUCAUAUUCCAGGGUGAUUGUUACAUCCAUGGUGCCAUGUACGGCGAAUGGAAACCCCUUCCCGAUGAAAGUAUGGAUCUUACCAUCAACGAGGGAAACCCCAAAUCUUGGUUUCACAGUAAGUGGGGAGAAGCGAUUCUUGAAGAAGUGCAAGCUCUUUCUGUGAUGGAUUCAAAUACGAGGGACCCCAAUGAAGCUUCCGCACAACAACUGAGGCAAAAAAAUGAAGAAGUAAUAGCUGAUAAUGCCACUUUACAUUUACAAGACCUGAAGAUUUCCCAAACAGAAGUAGGCAACUCGAUCGGGGAGGCACUAAUAUCUGCUGAGCGUGGCUUAGCACGCCCUCGCCCCGAGGACGUAACGAGUCAGCCAGUAAAGGAAAAGCGGGAACAUAAUGUACCGGCCAAGACUGCAAAUAACAAACGACAGGCCUUAGGUCAACUUAUAUCUAUUACUAUUAUCUAG